UUCAAAUUUAAACCAAGAUGGACUCAGCCCCACAUAAUGAGUAUGGCUUCGAUGAUAACUCUGAUGAGGAUACGAAUAUACAGAUAACCCAGCCUUACCCUCCAUCGAUUAAUGUAAUGAGAGUUCCAGCAAACAGUGCUGAUCAAGAAAACACUAAUUUGGAUUCUUCUUUUGACAAAAAGAAUCAAUAUUCCUCAGGGAAUCAGAGGCACCAACCUGUCCGAGCAUUCCCGAUAGGUGAACAACAACAAGAGGAAAGCUCAGAUGCAGAGAUCUAUGAGUCAAUUGAUAUGGAUGAUUUGGAAGAAAAUAUGUACAAUCUUGGUCUAUCAAAUGAAGAAAAAGAAAUAAUAUAUGAGAUAAUUGAACAAGAAGACCAACCUGAACAGUACAGAAUUUUACUAGCAGCAUUAUGUAAAGACGAAGGUCUUACAGGAAUAAUGCUUAGAAACUUAAAUGUCCUACUCUGCUUAAAACAAUUUGAUAACCUUGAUGUAAGCCAGAUGUUACUAAUUCUGACAUCUGCUGAGGAAGAUGGAAGAAAAUAGCAGUCCUGAAAUCUCAAACGUUGGCACUCAAGCUAAUGGCGAAGCCACCCUUGGAAGAGAAGAGCUCGAUAAGAUAGAAGAGCAAGUUGAAAUUCUUCACGAGCAAAUUCUUGACCUCAAAAAUGAGAAGAAAAAGAUCCAAAAAGACAGCCAAAAAGAAAUUGAAGAAAUAAAUGAGAUUGCUCAGACUUAUAAAUAACAAAUACCAAGAAAAUUUAAAGAUUAUUCGAGAAUUGAGUCAAGAAGUUGAAGAUCUUAACAAAGCAUCAGCAAAGCUAGAAAUCAUGCUUGAGACAAAGGAAGAAGAACUGGAUCAGAUCAAGGAUGAUAAGUACGACCUUCAGGAAACUUUAAAAGAUCACACACGGAUGGUUGAUAGUUGCACUUCUGAGGUAGGCUUUUACAAAAGAAAAGUCAAAGAUCUCCAUGAUUGCUUAUUUUCUAAACCAGAAGAGAUCAUUAAGCUACUAAAAACAGACACAGUCGUGCUCAAUUACCUUGAUAGGAUUUAUCAGGAUAAAAUUCUUAGCUACAAAGAUUUAGACAAGAGGCUUAGAUACCUUGAGUGCAUUGAUAUGAGGCAUAAAAGAAGUCAUUCAUAUGACUACUUACCAAGGAUUUCGGAGAAGGAUGAUGUCUCCCAUCUCAAAAUCUCAAAUAAAUCAUAUAAGAACGAAUAUGAUGAAAUCAUCCUCAACGAAGAUAGAAAGGAGAUGUCUCUCUAUCUUUCGCAGAAGAAGCUUGACAAGCCUCAAAGACAGUCGAGGUCUAAUGAAAGAGCAUCAAAUAUCAGAAACUCACAAAAUAGAGCAGAUUCUUUUAUAAAUACCAGCAUGAACAACUCAUUUAUGGGUGAGUAUGCAGCCCAUGAAUGGUACUCAAGUAAUCCAGGGCAAAAACCAGGAAAGCACUUCCAAAGGACCCCAGGCGUGCAUGAUAAUGAUGCCAAUAUUUCGAAAGCAUAUACAGGAGUUAGUGAGACUUCUGGGCAGAAAGAUCACUCUAAAUAUCAUAGAAGAAUCGCUAGUGAGGACCUUAUAAUGGAAGAAGACUCAGAUGUCCCAAAGAUUGAUUACUCCGACCAGCCAAAGCCUAAUGCUAGGAAGUUAGUUGCAGAUGUUCUGAAGGACAUAAAGUGCAUUUUUGCUUUAAAUGAAAAAGCCUUGUUGUCUAAUCAGCAGCCUAAUUCUGACCUCAACAACUUACCUGAGUUCUCAACCCUCAUUUUUGACUUCUGUGUCCAACUCUACACAGACCUGUCCUCUAAAUUCACUCAAAAUGUCGACCCCUCUGAUCUCCCUCUCCAGCCUCCAAAGUCCCAAGCUCAGCCAAAUUCUGCUGUUCAAAGCGAGCUCGCUUCGCUUCAGAAUUCCUACCUUAUGAUGCAGCAACAGAAUCUGCAGCUGCAGGAGCAGCUGAACCAGAAGUCAUCGAUGCUUAACGAAGAACUCACUCUGAAUUUGACGCUCAAAGCUUCGAAGAUGAACAAGGAGACAGAGAUAAAGACCCAAAGGUCUUUAUUAGAGUCUGAGUUUCAGAUGAAGAUCAUGCAGUCACAUCUUGAUACUUUGACAAUGAAUAACACACAUCUUCAGGAACAAGCAAAGGAUUUGCAUAAAAAGAUCAACCAAAAGGAGUCAGAGAUUGAAUAUCUUAAGAAAUCGCAGCAAAAGCAGAUAUUAUCACUCCAGGAAGCUGAACGUAUUCGAGCUGAGCAGGAUACAGAGUCUUUGAGAGAACGGUUUGAAGAGAGGCUAGUCUCUUCCAAAGAGGAGGUAUUCCAGCUUUCUCUAAAGGUCCAAAACCUUGAACACGAAAUAGAUCUCAAAACUAGGCAUCAAAGAGGACUAGAGGACCAAGUUAAAAAGCUGCAUGAAAAGUUAGAAUAUAUCAAACACAAAGAGCCCAGUGAAAGCCAUGAUAUCUCUGAUACUGGUUAUGAAGAAUAUGUGUAUGAAGCUAUAGAGUUUGACCAGUUAAAGAAAAACAACCGGGUUCUCGAGAACAGGGUCAAAGAACUUGAGAGAAUGAUAGAAAAAGGUACCAGAGUCGAGCAAGAAGAUCAGUUUAGAAGGCACAAAGAUUAUAUAAGGGAAAUUGCUCAUACGAGCUUUGAGGCCGAAGAAAGAAAACAACCCUUAGGAGAUUAUGAGCAUGAAGGAGAGAAGAAUAUACUUUUGAAGUGAAUUAAAAGCCUUCUAAAGUCAUAUAGUAAAGAUAAAAUGUGAACAGUUAACCUAGAAAAUGUUGACCUCUCAUCACACAUCGAACCACUCCUACCUGUCUUAACAUCGACAAGGAAAAUGAUAGAGCUAAAUCUCAAUAACACCAACCUGCCCUCCUCCUGUCUUUCUUUGCUUUCCAAACUUAUUCAGUCAAACAGCAAUCUUCAAUCACUAAAAAUAGGCUCGAAUCCCUUCUCAUCGACCUCCCUGUGUUCCUUCUUUAGCUCUUUAUCUAGUAAUAGGCACCAAAUAACCUCGCUGGACAUAUCCCAAUUAGAUUGAGGAAAGCAAUUCUCAAAAUUCCCAAUGACUAUGAUAUCCAAAUCAUUGGCUAUUAAUCUAAUUGCUUUCAUUGAGGCAAGCUCAGGUUUUAGAUCAUUAUGCUUGAAAGGAUGCUUCCCUUCAGCAUGAUCUAGUGGGUCUGAUUUAGAAGCUGCUAACAUUGUAUUCGCCAAUCUGGCAGAUAGCCUAAUGUUGUGUGAUCUUGAUCUUUCCCAAUGAGUUCUGUCAGAAGCUGUGAUGUCGAGAUUGUUCUCCCCGAGUUGAAGGAUGAACUUAACGAGUCUCACCAUAUUAAGAAGUAUGAUCAGAGAUACUCAGCCUUUGGAAGAAUAUCUCCUCACCAAGGACGGACUACAGAAGUUUCACAUCGGAAACAUAGAUGAAAAGAUCCUCAAUUGUAUUGGAAAUCAUCGAAAUUUAAGAGACCUCAUGAUCGAACAAGUUACCUUAAGCCAUGCCUCACUCGAAACUCUAAGGCCAGUUGUCAGAAAUUUGAGGUACUUAGAAAUUAAAAACUGUGAUCUUGGAGACCAGAUAGCUCUUUGUCUUUUUGAUGAAGUACUUAGAUCGAAAAGUAUUUUUCAAGUCGUUUGAAGUGGAAAUAAACUUACAGACAUAUUUAUCAAAGAAUUAGUUGACAGAAUCCAAGAAGCUGACGAAGAAAAAGAGUACUUUGGUCAAAAAUAUUCAACCCUCAAAAACCUCAGCCUCGCAAGCAACAAAAUCAGUGAUAUCGGAGCUGAGUGUCUCGCUGAUAUAUUCGGGUCUUGAAACAAACUCAUAAAAAGUUUAGAAAUCCUGGACUUGUGAGAUAACAUAAUCUAUGAGAAAGGAAUCAAUAUGAUCAAGAGAUCACUUAAGAACAAUUCUCUAAAACUCCAGGUUGGACUAUAGCUAUUCAUCAGUACCAUAAUCCAGUUGUCAAUA